UAAGCGACGAGCUGCCAACCAAGUGGGCGCAAAGUGUUGUCGGAUAUUACAGUAGUGGUUGUAGCGUUCAAUUCCACCUACAUACCAGAUACCUAGGCUCUGUGGCAAAAUGGCCGAAGAGUUGAGAUGAGCGUGUGACAUUCGCUUCUCGCAGAAGUCGAAGGUGUUCUCUAUGUAGUGUUACGGUGUUUGUUACGGUGUUGUGUCGACGUCGUGGUAAAAAAUUGACGUCCGAGGUGAAAUACUCGUCGGGUGUCGCGCUGUGUCAAGUGGAUGGGUAAAAGUGUCCGGCUGGUUUAACCCCUCGACGAAUACAACCGAGUGCGGAAACCACGACUCCACUUAGUUAACAGAUAAUGGUCGCCCACCGUCAUUGAUAAUGAGCCAAAAUCUGCAGAAUUCAACGCUGAGGUUGAUUCAGCCGACAGUGGCAGCCGCAGUGAUGCCUACGUAUCACAACACGGGUGGUGGAUAUCCGAAUAUUUCGGCGACACCACGUCAAGCGAAGCUCGAUGGGAACCAAAAUCACCACACAAUACCCUCGAAUCUUACCUCCCAUAAUUCCCUCGGCCAAAAUACGACCCAGCAUACAGCUUCGUCGAAUCUGCACACGGUAACACCGUUACCAGUUUCACCUACAAUGACACAUCAUUCGAUGUCGGCGAACGUCACGCAAUCCCUCACUCAUGGUGGUAAUUUAACAACACCCACCGUCAUAAUGGCCUCGAAUUCGGGCAACAUUGCCAAUCCGACACCCAUGACGAACAACCCCAGGCACGAAGUCAAGCUGAACGCAAUGCCCUGGUUCCACGGCAAGAUAUCGAGAGAAACUGCGGAGAGGCUGCUGCGUCCAAGAGAGGACGGUCUGUUCCUGGUUAGAGAGUCGACGAAUUUUCCUGGCGAUUAUACGCUGUGUGUGUGCUUUCAAGGCCGCGUCGAGCACUACAGAGUAAAGUACAAAAACAAUCAGCUGACCAUCGACGACGAGGAGUUCUUCGAAAACCUCGCCCUCCUAGUCGAGCAUUACGAGCAGGACGCCGAUGGCCUUUGCACCCAGCUCACCAAGUCGCUUCCCAAACAGGGCAAGCAGGACUUCUGCGUUGAUCCCAAGGCCUUCGUUGAGGCUGGAUGGGUGAUACAGACCCACGAACUUGAGCUGAGGGAGUGCAUAGGAAAGGGUGAGUUCGGCGACGUUCUUUUAGGGGUCUACAGAGGGGAAAGAGUCGCGGUAAAAAUGCUCAAAGACAACAGCGAGGCUGCCCAAAGGUUCCUAGCUGAAGCGAGUCUGAUGACCUCCCUUAUACACGACAAUCUUGUCAAGCUGCUCGGACUCGUCUUCAACAAUCAGCACAUGUACCUCGUCACUGAGUAUAUGAGUAAAGGGUCCCUUGUCGAUUACCUCAGAUCUAGGGGAAGACUUCACGUGUCGAAAAAGGAUCAGAUCAAUUUUGCCUAUGAUACCUGCGCUGGUAUGGCAUAUUUGGAAUCAAGACAUGUUGUGCAUCGAGACCUGGCCGCAAGAAAUGUCCUUGUUGCGGAGGACAAUUCUGCGAAAGUAUCUGACUUUGGACUAGCACGCGAUGAAAACUUCACUCUUGAUGCUGGAAAGCUGCCGAUAAAAUGGACCGCUCCUGAGGCUCUUAGGAACAACAAAUUUUCAAACAAAUCGGAUAUGUGGAGUUUUGGUAUUCUUCUAUGGGAGAUCUACUCUUUUGGCAGAGUACCGUAUCCUAGAAUUCCAUUAGCAGAUGUCGUGAAGUGUGUUGAAAAAGGCUACAAAAUGGAACCACCGGAUGGAUGCCCACCUGAAGUUUACGAAAUCAUGAGACAGGCGUGGGAUCUUCAGCCAGAAAAGAGACCAACCUUUCACGACAUCAAAGUAAAACUUGGGCAGCUGAAAAUUGAAUAUACUAUGUGCGCAAAUUGAAAUGAAGUAAGAAACGAACAAAUGUUCCAACUAAACUUUUUACGGAUAGGAGGAACAAAAGUGAGAAAACGUCGUGUAUGUGAAAACGUGAUCUAGCAUCAGAGUGGCAAUACAAAAGUUAGUAGAUGAAGGGAUACCUCCUAAAUACUCGGAAAGAAAAAUCAAGAGAAAACAAAGCCAAGAAACUAGAGAAAUGUAAUCUAGACUGUAAAUUGUAUAAAAGAGAAAACGGAGUAAGAAAAAUUUUUAUUUCCGUUUGUUUGUAAUUUAUUGAUAUUUUAGUUCACAUAUUAUAUUGUAAACGUAUCCGGGAUCUUUUUGAUUUUUAUACACGGACGUAGCUCAAUCUGCAUCGAUUGUGCCUUUCUUUGAAUGAAUCGACAGGACAGUAUUGACUUGAAAGAUGUUAUCGUAACAAUUGCCAGAUUCUCGCUUGAGGCGAAGGAUCGAGAUAUGGAUUUUAGAAGGAGAAAAGCAAAGAACAAAUUAAUAUUGCGCGAAUGUAUACAGUAGAGAUGGAAUUUAGCUGCAAUCUGUGGGAGUGUAGAAUAGUUGUAACCAGAACAAUCAUCAUCCUGCCAUCUUUUCGGUUCGUAGAAAUAAAGUUAAUUUCUUCUCACCAUUCGCAGUCUCGGAAUGUCAAGAGAUACUUACUGUAUGAUAUCCCAGACAAUACGAAAUCCAGAAUUCGUCACAGAACAACGUUUGAAAAUAGAACUUCACCUGACAAAAGAUGUCUUCGAUCCUGGACGGAGAGAUACACAAGGCUUUUCUGAGACCUUGCGGGUGACAAUGAACAAAAGAAUGGUUAAAAAAAAUAUCGUUCCACGUUUAAUUAAAAGAUAUUUUUUUCGCACAAGCAAGGUCAAAGUUUGUUAAGCAGAAAUGUUUUAUUAAUUCGAUGUUCGAGUAAAAGUCGUUUUAAAGAAUUAUUUAAGGUGCAAUGUGUCUUGAAAAGACAUUCUGUAGAAACGAUAUAAUACGCCCAGCAGUUGUAUCGAAGAAUAGAAUUCAACUGACAAAUGUCUUUUAGAUAACCAUUUUUAAACAACGACAAUAAACGAGAGAAAUAAACAUCUUAAGAAUUCCAAGUGUCCAAUAGAUAAAGAAAAAGUUAUUUACGCACAGGGUAAAAAAUAAGGUCGAAACUACGAAUCUUUCGGUCGUAUGUUGAUCUUAGAAUUUAUUUAACACGACUUUUGACUUCGUGCUUGUUUUUUUAGUAUCGAGAUGAGAGAUUUGUUUGGUAUGUUUGAAUCUGAUUUAAGUUAAAAACUUCCGGUUGAUUGUCUGAAUUGGUACCUUACGUCGCAAAUAAAGAAGUGUCAAUGUCAAAAAUGCAACUUUCAUUCUUUGGACAUUUGAUUCCUACCUGUUUUAACGACUAAUUGUAUAAAUAUAAUUGUAAAUAUUCAUUUAUGUGCAUGCACAUGUAACAAUGUUACAAUAUUCAUAUAUGUGCAUACACAUUAGUAUCUGUAAAAUCAUUAUAAAUAAUAUGAAAUGUGUGUGUGCGGGUAAAGAAGUAGACGAGAAGGAUAUAAUGCGAAGUUUAAGAAAGUUUAACAAAGUUUAACUAGGUACACAAUAUUAUACAUCGGUGUAUAUAUAUAUACGUGUAUAUAUAUUGUAUCUAUACCUUGAUAUAUAUACAUAUACGUAUGUAUGUAUAUUUAUACGUGCAGGAUGUUCCUAUGACUCUAAAAUUAGGAAUUACUCGAUGCUCUUCACUGUACUGGUUGCGUCCCUAUGUUAUUGUUGAAUGAUACCGUCUCACCUGCAAUCGAAUUUCAAUCAUGUCACUGGACAUCCUGCAGCUGAACAAAAUUAUCGGCUAAUUUAUACAGUACGUGGUACGAGAAUGAUGAGCAUAUACAUGUUACGAAACUACGGAAUUGUAUAAUUUCUGUCGUAAAUUUUGUCCAGCCCCCCAAUAGUUCGUCGGUUUCGUUGUUGUCGGAAUGACGAUCAUUAUGUUAUGAUUGUUGUGUUAUUUUUUUUUUUAUUCCAUACUUGUACAUUUUUCUUAUUAUCAUAUUACUGCAAUUAUUAUUAAAAUCAUUAUAAUUACUAAUAUUAUUAUUAUUUAUACAUCAGUUUUUACAUUCUCGUCGAAGCAAUACCUGAACUGUUUGCAAUUGCUUAAUUGUGGACAAUCUACGGGUAGUUUCGAUUUUUUUUUUUUUGUUUCCAAGUAAUUUUAUUACACCUUUAACUCAUCAUUUUGCAAUGUAUUUACCCAAUUCCUUAGAUGGUAAGAAAUUUAAUAUAUAUAUUAAUAUAAAAUUAUUAUUAUCAUUAUCAUUAUUAUCAUCACCGUCACUGUCAUUGCGAAUCAUUAUUAUACAAGUAUACAUGUAUGUCACCAGAUGGAAAUAAGCUUCGUACAUCAUACGUGUACAGCGUACGUUACGAAUUGGGAGAGAUUAAACUAAAAAUUAUUGUAAAGGAGAAAUUUAUUGAAGUAGGUACUCGUGUGCAAUAAAUAAUUUGUUUGUUUUUACUUUUUCUGUCUUAGAAAUUGUAGUAUAGACUCGACGUAAUAAACUUGUCAUAUCGGAAACUAUCUAAUAUAAACAUUGUAAAAUUUCAAUGAGAAUUUAAUAUGGUAGAUAUACUUAACGCUCUCCUUUUUUGUAGCGUAAGCUUCGUGUCGUCGGUCCUGUUGUACCGCUUGCAUGGGUGUAAUUUUACACGUACGUUUAGUUUUCAGGUAUUAUGUAUAUGUGGAAAGCAGGGGGUCUCGAUAUUUUGAUCUAGUUAUUUCAUGUGUAGUUGCUACAUAAAUUAUGAAUCGUAUCUAUUCGAAGAAUCUGAUAUAUUGUAUACAUUUGAGAGUAAUAUAAUUGCGGGAAAAAAUAGAAAAAUUUACCAGUCUAAACGAUGGACAUUAUACAUGAAAGAUUAAAGUAAUAAUAAUUGCCAAUGGAUAUACUAUGUAAGGUAUAUAUUUAUAUUCUAUCUCCAAAUUUACUCCGAUUACGAAGAUGUUAACGGAUUGCUUCUCAAUCUUCCAAAUAUGAACUAAUCUUUCUUUUUUAAAUAUUACUCUUUCUUUUCACAAAGGAUUUAAAUAGUCGGUUCAUUUGGUAGCUAAGACCUACUAAUGGUAAAAGUUGAUCGCAACGAAUUUUUGCGUUGCAAAAAAUUUCGAUCAAAAUCGAAAGAAUAAAAAUACAUAGCUCCAAUAAUCAAAAGUGCGUAACCUGCCUAAAUUUUACUUGCAAACACACGAAUAUCAGAUUAAGUUAUACAAAGGGAAAAAAAAAAAAAAAACACCGUUUCAAAAUGUAUCUGCUCAAUCCGAUUUAAGUACAUCAAUAGUUUGUAACA